UCUUUAGGAAACACUAGCUAAUUCAAUCAAAUCUUGCCGUUUGUCUUGAUGGCUUCAUAAUUUCCCUUUUUUACUUGAAUUAAAGAGAGAAAAGAAAGUUUCAAGGAGCUAGGUUAGAUGUUGGACAUGAUCUCAAACCAGAUCCUUCUCUGAAUCCAUUUCUUCCACCACUGUUGUUGUUUUUUCUUGGUUCUUACGUUUCAUUUCAUUACCUAAUUUUUAUAAACAAGAUGAGCUGUUUCUCUUGUCUCGACACACGAACCCAUGACAUGAGAAUCAACAUUGAUACCGUUCCUUACCUAACCGAUGAUUCCUCAGUUGGCACAAGAGGCGAUUCAAUAGGAGCAAGGUCCAAAUCUGGCAUAUUAGUUAAUGGGAAAGUGAAUAGCCCUAAACCCGGCGGUGGCGCACAGAGUUUCACGUUCAAGGAGUUAGCCGCCGCAACCAAGAACUUCCGGGAGGAUAACAUGAUCGGAAAAGGAGGGUUCGGUAGUGUCUUCAAGGGACGUUUAUAUUCAGGACAGGUGGUGGCUAUCAAGCAACUAAACCCAAAUGGGCAUCAAGGAAAUCAAGAGUUCAUUGUCGAGGUUCUCAUGCUUAGUGUCUUCAGCCAUCCAAACUUAGUAACUUUAAUUGGUUACUGUACUUCUGGUGCUCAAAGACUUCUUGUUUAUGAAUACAUGCCAAUGGGUAGCUUAGAAGAUCAUCUCUUUGAUCUUGAGCCUACUCAGAAACCUCUAAGCUGGAAUACUCGAAUGAAAAUCGCUGUUGGUGCAGCUCGUGGCAUCGAGUAUCUUCAUUGUAAAAUAAGCCCAUCCGUGAUAUACCGUGACUUGAAAUCUUCAAACAUUCUGUUAGAUAAAGACUUUAACCCUAAACUUUCUGACUUUGGACUUGCUAAAGUCGGUCCUGUCGGUAACCGGACACAUGUGUCUACUCGUGUCAUGGGUACUUACGGAUACUGUGCUCCAGAGUACGCAAUGAGCGGAAAGUUAACCAUUAAAUCGGAUAUCUACUGCUUCGGUGUUGUGUUGCUUGAGCUGGUUACUGGUAGGGAGGCUAUUGAUUUGAGUAAACCAAAUGGAGAACAAUAUCUUGUUUCUUGGGCUCGAGAGUAUCUCAGCGAACCUAAAAAAUUCGGACAUCUAGUGGACCCGUUGCUGCGUGGAAAGUACCCAAAGAAGUGUCUUAACUACGUGAUUGCCAUUACAGGGAUGUGUUUGAAGGAGGAAGCUAAUCAACGACCGACAAUAGGAGAUGUUGUGGUGGCAUUUGAGUAUAUAGCUGCUCAGAGCAAAUCUUAUGAAGCUAGAAGAGAGUCUCGCAAGUCUACUGACUCUGACCGGUCAAGAGAGGAAACACAACAGAGUUUCUAAGUUAUUUGAGUCAAAUGUGAAACCUCUGCUACAACCGUACAAGCAGAAGGUUGGUGAUAAGACCGCGUAAAAUAUUUAUCUUUGUUUCUUUGUUUUUUUCGGGAGGGUUUUGUUUAGUCAGUUUAAUAAUGGGAUUUUCGCACCUUAAAAUGAUACUUAAUGAUUA